UUUCCGUCGUCGUUUUUUGCUUUCACUUCCCAGUCAAGAUCUAAUCGCUUCCGGUUGAAAAAAACCGCGUCCUAACUUCCGGGUUGCUGUGAAGCGGAAAGCAAUGGCGGCGGAGGUGUAUUUACUCUGGCUGCUGCCGCUGCUUCAGUCGGUAGCGGCAUUAGGGGCGGAGCUAUCGUCUGAGGCGUGCAGGGAGCUCGGCUUCUCCAGUAACCUGCUGUGCAGCUCAUGUGAUCUGCUGGGUCAGUUCAGCCUCACACAGCUCGACCCUUUCUGCAGGCAGUGCUGUCAGGAGGAGGCGCAGUUCGAGUCUCGGAAGCUCUACCCCGGAGCCAUCCUUGAGGUCUGUGGAUGAAAAUUGGGGAGGUUCCCUCAAGUCCAAGCCUUCGUCAGGAGCGACAAGCCGAAGAUGUUCAAGGGCCUUCAGAUUAAGUAUGUGCGAGGCUCUGAUCCUGUGCUGAAGCUGCUGGACGAUAACGGGAACAUCGCUGAAGAACUCAGCAUCCUCAAGUGGAACACAGACAGCGUGGAGGAGUUCCUGAGUGAAAAACUCGACCGCAUUUAACUCCUCUCGUCCCAACAUUUCUGUUUACGAACACCACACCAUGGACCAUCGAGUUCUUUUAUGUUCUAGUCAUCCAAACACUUUGUUUAGAUUUCAGUCUUAAACUGAAUCCUGAUUACAUCAUUCAUUUAGACGGGGGGGCUCACCCCAGCUCACCCCACAUGACCACCUCCAGCUGUUUGAUCUGUAAUAUUGGUGUGGUGUUUUUAUUUUGUACUGUAUAUUUGUGUAUGAGCAGAGGAUCGUGACGACGCUGGGUCGGUGGUGUUUGUCGUUUUUUUAACCGAACGCUGGCGCUCGUGUGGAGCUGCAUGUUAGUGAAGGACUCACAGGAAACCCGUGUGUGGUGUGUAAGUGCCUGAUGUGUGUGCAGUUCUCACAGCGUGUAGAGACGGAGAGAGAGACGCAAGCACUCCACCUGGUGUUCAAACUGAUCCCUGUUUAAUAAAGAUUUGUUUCAAUACAA